AUGGAAGUGAUUGCUGUUGGAACUGCCGCCAUCGACGUGGUCCACGAAGUGGCCGUGUACCCUGAAGAGGACUCGAAGGCGCGGUCCUUGGCAACUUACAAGUGCCGAGGCGGCAACGCUGCGAGCGCUCUGGUAAUUUGCUCCCAACUCGGCGGCCGCUGUCGAUGGCUAAGUACUUCGACCGACCCGGACAAAGACAGUGAUGCCAAGUUCAUCCAUGCCGACUUGGCUGCAUUCAAUGUGGACUGUUCGUUAGCAGUCAUUGAAAAAGAAGGUAGCAUGCCCGUAUCGUACAUUGUUUCGAGUCAAGCAUCGGGAUCGCGCACGAUUGUACACUCGCGCACAAUUGCCGAACUCACGUGUGAAGCAUUUGCGCGACAAGUCGAGGGGUACAUGACGGAGAUCCGACACGAUGCAAAUGCGCCCGUGUGGUUUCAUUUCGAGGGACGAAACAUGGACAUUGUGAGGCAGAUGAUGCUGCAUAUCCGAAACACUGCACCGCGCGCGAAGAUCUCGGUUGAGAUUGAAUUUCCAAGAUACCCAUGGAGUCUUGCCAAAACACUGGCGUCGUUGGCGGAAUACGUGUUCGUGUCGAGGGACUACCUUCGUACCAAUAUGCACAUAUCGAGCGCAAGCGAGUUUUUCGAACGCAUUCAGAAUCAGGAAUGGGACGAGAACUGGAAUUCGUGGGUAAACGCCUUCAUAUGCCCUUGGGGCUCAGAGGGUGUGUACUAUCUCGACAUGUCUGGUUCAACGGUACAUCAUCUUUCUACUGCCCGACUCGACCGCGUGGUGGAAUCUAGCGGAGCAGGAGAUUCUUUCAUCGGGGCAGCUCUUGCGGGAUUGUCUCGUCGCAAUGCUCCGCUCCAUGUCGUUCUGCAGAUAGCGUGUGACGUAGCUACUCUGAAGUGCUCGCAGCGUGGAUUCGAGCUUCCUUCGAGCAAAGUCUUGGAGUGGAGGAAUGUUUUAGAGACCACUGGUGACUCCGACGACCCAGGCGGUAGAUGGACGCCAGAGGGCUCCAUCAGAUAUUGUUGA